AUGUGGAUCGUGAUCCGAAUCAACAAGAUGAGUGUGGGAGGUGAGGAGUGUCACGAAGUGACAAGACAGUUUGAUAGUGAUAGUGAUAGGAUGGGUUGGGUAUUUAACCAGCGACCGGCGGUAUGCAGUAACCGCCGGUUAAUAGGCCUUUUAGCACAGUGGUUUAGACCACUAUCUCUGAAGGGCACUGUUAUAUUGUCCCAAUGCUGUUCAGUCAAUAGGCUUCGUAUCCAUACGGCUUCACAAGCAGCUUCUGCGGUUGCGAUAUACUCCACAUCCAUCGUAGACUGCGCGAUCGUAGCUUGUUGUUACGGAGUAACAACCAAUCGAGAGAACUCCAUCGAAUUUGACGGAUUAGGAAAGAGAACAGCGGGAAUUGGAGGCAGUGCUGCAGGCUGGAUACUGUCGGAACUCUGUGAUGUGGAUAAUACUAGUCAACAAUGGAUCAAAGACCCAGCUUAUAUACAUGAUUGGGGUUCCGUAGUACGGAACAGCUACGCCAUAUUUUACGGUACGGGGAUUAUUACGGAUUAG